UAAAAAACAACCAAAAACGUUUUGAACCCUGAGGCGCAAUGAACUGCCUAAUGUGUAUGUACGUGGCUCCGUAGCAUUGGCUCUAAUGCAAAUGCAAAUUGUGCAGCUGCUGUUUAUUUUUCGCUCCUCUCUUCUCUGCUUUAACUGAAGCUUCCUCUUCAAGAAUUUCAUCGUUUUAAACUAUAAUUAUUCCAAAGACAGAAUGGGCAAUCUGCUUUGUUGCGUACAAGUUGAUCAGUCCACAGUAGCUAUCAAGGAGAGGUUUGGGAAGUUUGAGGAUGUUCUUGAGCCGGGAUGCCAUUGCCUGCCUUGGAUUUUUGGUAGUCAGCUUGCAGGUCAUCUAUCGCUGAGGUUGCAACAGUUGGAUGUCCGUUGUGAAACUAAGACUAAGGAUAAUGUGUUUGUCAAUGUUGUUGCAUCUAUUCAAUACCGUGCUCUGGCUGACAAAGCAAGUGAUGCUUUCUACAAACUCAGCAACACAAGGGAACAAAUCCAGGCAUAUGUUUUUGAUGUAAUCAGGGGAACUGUUCCAAAACUUAAUCUAGAUGAUGCUUUUGAGCAAAAGAAUGAUAUCGCCAAAGCUGUUGAAGACGAACUUGAGAAGGCUAUGUCUGCUUAUGGAUUUGAGAUUGUGCAAACGCUGAUUGUUGAUAUAGAACCUGAUGAGCGUGUGAAGCGAGCUAUGAAUGAAAUUAAUGCAGCUGCAAGGAUGAGGGUUGCGGCUAAUGAGAAGGCAGAGGCUGAAAAGAUUAUACAAAUUAAGCGAGCUGAGGGUGAAGCUGAAUCAAAGUAUCUUUCUGGGUUGGGUAUUGCUCGACAGCGACAAGCAAUUGUGGAUGGAUUAAGAGACAGUGUUCUGUGCUUUUCAGAAAAUGUUCCAGGGACCACAGCAAAAGAUAUCAUGGACAUGGUCCUGGUCACCCAAUAUUUUGAUACAAUGAAGGAAAUUGGUGCUGCCUCUAAGUCAUCUGCUGUGUUCAUUCCUCAUGGACCUGGUGCUGUUCGUGAUGUUGCCACCGAGAUUCGUAAUGGACUUCUUCAAGCUUCUGCCUCCAAUUAGUAAUUGUUCUGCUGCAAUGGAUUAGUUUGCUAGGUUUUUUAUAUAUUCAGGUCUUGUUAUGAUCCUGAUCAUGAUCAAGAUUUAUGUAUAGGGUUUUAUAUAGUCCAGUCUUUUUAAAUUGUUUACCUACCUGUUUCUUUGCAAACUUUUUGGGAUAUUUUUUUAACAGUCUACUAUAUUUACCCUCUAUGUUCAAAUA